AUGACUUGUUCUAAAUCCUCAAUAUUAUUCAUCGUCUUCAUCAUCCUUUCCCAUUUUUCCGUUCAAGUGGUGUCGGUGGUUAAGGAAUGCGGCGCCGAAGAAGAUGACGGCUGCACAAACAAGAAGAAGGCUUUGCCGCUCAAAAUAAUCGCCAUCGUAACAAUCCUAAUCAGCAGCAUAAUCGGAGUCUGCUUGCCACUUGUCACCCAGUCAAUUCCGGCUCUCAGCCCGGAGCGAAGCCUCUUCGUCAUAGUCAAAGCCUUCGCCUCCGGGAUUAUUCUAGCGACGGGUUUCAUGCACGUGUUGCCCGAUUCUUUCGACAUGUUGUCCUCCACCUGUUUGGAAGAUAACCCGUGGCACAAAUUCCCAUUCACCGGAUUCGUGGCUAUGAUCUCUGCAAUCAUUACUCUCAUAAUCGACUCUAUGGCAACAAGCUUCUACUCUAAGAAACACAAUUCUGGAGUUGUCAAGCCGGAGUCCGGCGGGGAACCGGUGGAGCUGGCGGUGGUGGAAGCUGGCGGCGGUGGCCAUUCUCAUUUCCACGGCCACAACCACGGAGCCAAGUUGGAAGUACAGGGUGCCCAACUUCUGCGUUACCGAGUCAUUGCCAUGGUUUUGGAGCUGGGAAUAAUAGUACACUCAAUAGUGAUUGGGUUGUCACUUGGCGCAUCUAACAACACAUGCUCGAUCAAAGGACUUAUCGCUGCACUCUGCUUCCAUCAAAUGUUUGAAGGAAUGGGACUCGGUGGCUGCAUUCUCCAGGCGGAAUACAAGUUCAUAAAGAAGGCAGCAAUGGCAUUCUUCUUCAGUGUGACAACUCCAUUUGGAAUAGCAUUGGGAUUGGCAUUGGCAAGCACAUACAAGGAGAACAGCCCUCGAUCGUUGAUCACCGUUGGAUUGCUUAACGCAUCAUCUGCAGGGUUGUUGAUCUAUAUGGCUUUGGUCGAUCUAUUGGCUGCUGAUUUUAUGGGGCCAAAAUUGCAGGGAAGUAUCAAACUCCAAGUCAAGUCUUACAUAGCUGUUCUACUGGGUGCCGGUGGGAUGUCACUCAUGGCUAAAUGGGCUUAAUUAAUGAUUUUAUGUGUUUUGCUAGUUUGUUUAAUUCAGAUAUAUGUGCUUCGUGUGAUGUUCUUCUUGAUUAAGAUUCCCUAGAUUUCAUUGAUUCCACUGCAAAUGUAAAUUUAACUCUUCAUGAUUAUGAAAAAAAAAAAAAAAGG